CUUCUAAAGCUAUGACAUCAUUUUAUGGAAUUGUCCAAGCUGUUUAAAGGCACAGUCAACUUAGUGUAUGUAAACUUCUGACCCACUUGAAUUGUAAUACAGAGAAUGAGGACUGCUCAAACACACAUGCUUGUUGGGGGCCAACUUAAUGGAUGGACAACACAUGAACUUGGCAUCUAACUAUGCCAGCAGUAUUGGUGAUUGGCCUCUAUAGAGAGAAUCCAGUUGUGUAAAUGGGUUUGUGAUUAUAUAUUGAAAUAGGAAAUUGGAUAAGAAGGUCCAGCAGGUCUACACUAAGGGUUUAAUUAUUUGAUAUUUUCAAUUCUGAGCUGAAUUUUUGUGUGUAAUUAUUUUACUGAUUGUGUUGAAAUGGAAAUGACCCUAACCAUGAACUGGUCUCUUGUUGCUGACUGGUUUCUAUACCCAUCAAACUCAACUCUGGACCUUGAAGCCAGUUCGUUCCACUGCUUGUUUUCAUCGUUCACCUCUAAUCAGGGACUGAUUUAGAUGAGGUGGUAAAAUGAAUGAUCAGGUAGAACUGAGCACUUGCAGGCUUCCGGACCUUGUAGGGUAAGACUUGAAUACACCUUCUCUAUAGGGUAUUAGCCAUGUCAUAUAUCAAAUCAGCCUAAAAAUGGUAGGCCACCAGGUGCUAGUGCAUUGUGGUACUAUAAUGUUUUAAUAAGCAGAAAUACACGUCUGAUAGUUCCCUUAGACAUAAUUUUGCAAGCUUGAUAAUCGUGCAUAAUAAGCCUAUUUUGCAUGCACUCAAUGAUCGCGCUACUACACCUUUAAAAGAUGACUAAUGACUGGGAUAUUCACAUAGGUGUAGGUGAGUAUUUAGAAAACAUGUUAUUACUAUAGAUUACCUGAGGAUCUACAUCACUACAGAUCAGCUGUAAUUUAGUUUGAGUGACAGAAACGAGUUUGUAACAGCUUGCCCUGUGUCCUUAUCAGCACUACCUUCAUACCUCGUCAUCCGUAAGCCUUAUUGUGUGUUGACUAUGACAGACUGAGUAUAGCCUAUCCAUUCUAAUAACAUACUGUAUCUGUGCUUUUGUCGUAGGUAUUACCUGAAUCAAAUGGCUUAAAACAAACUCAUUGAUCAAAAUGGAUGUCAUUCUGAGUUUGACCGAUUUGUCCCAUAGAGCUCUUAUUGGACAUUAUAGACGUCAUUUAAAUGUAAAACCAGUAUAAUAGGCCCUUUGCCUGGUCCACCUUUUCCCUUAAAACCCACCCCAUAGACCAUAAUCUGUAUACUCCAUUGGUUAAAAUAGCAUCCAUCGACGGUUGUGUGAGGUUUCAUGUUUUUCAUUGGCAAAAUUGAAUUUCAAUCACAUUGAGAGCUCGUGUCUAUUGGCUGGCCUGGGCAUCCUUCAUUCAACAAUAGCGCGUGGAUUGGUCCAUGAGCGUGGGCGGAAUCUUCCAGGGGCUUGCUCGUGAAGGCUCACGGAGAGCGAGUGUCGUCAUGAGCGAUCAACAGGACAGUAUGGCCACCACUGUUGCUGUCAGUCCCAGCGAGUAUCUCCAACCCUCUGCCACUUCCUCUCAAGACUCCCAGCCUUCCCCACUGGCCCUCCUGGCCGCCACCUGCAGUAAGAUCGGCCCCCCUGCCGCUCAGGCCCCUGUCAGCGCCCCUCCUGCCCAACCCCAACCUCGCCGUCUCCUCCCCAUCAAGCCCGCCCCCAUCGCCCCCGCCCCUCCCAAAAACCUGGGCUUCCUGUCCGCUAAAGGAAAUGUGAUCCAGCUGCCAGCGGGCCUGGGCUCCAACAGCCCCGGCACCCCCAUCGUCCUCACCAUCCAGCAGAGCCCAGGCCGCUCGAAUCAAACAUCCAACAUCCAGUACCAGGUGAUGCCGCAGCUGGGAGGCACACAGACCAUCCAGAUGAUGCAGCAGGGCGGACAGAUCCAGCUCAUCCCGGGUACCAACCAGGCCAUCAUCACCACGCCCAUGACGGUCCCCCAGCCGCAGCCCGCUACCGCGCCCAUCACCCCGCAGAAGACGGUGGCCAUCAAGCCGUCCCCCAGGGGGCGGAAACCCAAUGCAGCCAACGUGGUGCGGCUGCCCAGCGGGCUCACGCUGCCCCUCAACGUAGCCACCGGAGAGGAGCCAGCAGCAGCUCCUCCCCCUCCAACGAAGGGCAGACGAGGAAGGAAGAAGCUGGUGGCAGCAGCCCCUCCACCACAGACCACCUCUCCGCCCCCCGAGCAGAUGGAGACGAUAUUGUUAGAAGCCGGGGAGAAUAUUAUUCAGGCGGGGAACCAGCUCCUGAUCGUGCAGAACACCGGGUCGGGCCAGCAGCAGCUGGUGCAGUUGGUGCAGCAGAAACAGGAGCAGCAGGUGGUCCAGAUCCCCCAGCAGGCUCUGAAGGUGGUGCAGGCCGCCUCCGCCACCCUGCCUCAGGUCCCCCAGAGACAGCCUGCACCCAGCCUGCAACCAGAGCCCACUCAGCUGCUGAUCAAAACAGCAUCAGGCGAAUGGCAGACUGUGCAGCUCCAGGAAACCACAGUUUCCACGCCCUCCAGCAUGGUCACCACCACCCUGUCGUCCGUGGGGGCCACCAAGAGAACACUGGCGGGGGGCAGGAAGGAGAGGACCCUACCAAAAAUAGCUCCGGCGGGGGGGAUGAUAGCGUUGAACGCGGCCCAGCUCUCCUCGGGGGGCCAGGCCGUGCAGACUAUAAACAUUAACGGGGUCCAGGUGCAAGGAGUGCCCGUCACCAUCACCAAUGCAGGAGGGCAGCAGCACCUGACAGUGCAGACGGUGCAGGGCGGGGCCCUCCAGCUGGGCGGCGUGACCUCCCAGGGCCACCAGGUGCAGAUGGAGCAGACUCUGGCUCUGGAGCUGCAGGGCCAGCCUGGGGAGAAGAAACGCCGCAUGGCCUGCACCUGCCCCAACUGUAAGGACGCAGAGAAGAGGCCCGGCGAGGUAGGGAAGAGGAAGCACAUCUGUCACAUCCCAGGCUGCGAGAAGACGUUCCGGAAAACGUCCCUCCUCCGGGCCCACGUGCGCCUGCACACUGGCGAGCGGCCCUUCGUCUGCAACUGGGUCUUCUGCGGCAAACGCUUCACGCGCAGCGACGAGCUGCAGCGGCACGCCAGGACACACACAGGAGACAAGCGCUUCGAGUGCAACCAGUGUCAGAAACGGUUCAUGAGGAGCGACCAUCUCACGAAGCAUUACAAAACACACAUAAACACCAAGAACUUGUGAGCUGUGCUGUAUACACAGACAUGUCCUGAUGAACUAUACCCCAUAGAGGGCCGCAGGAGAGGAUACCAAGAGAGUAGUCUCAUGAUGGGUGAACCCCAAAAAGGCCCCAUACGCCCUGUUCUCCUUACUCCCCCCUCAGGGGCUUCGUAGCCUGGUGUACAUACCAAUCCUCCCCCCACAGACUCAACUGUUCCAGUCAAUUUAUUAAUGAUAAAAUAUAUAUAUAUAUAUAAUUACGGACAGCAGGCUUACCUACGUAGGCAGAAUGCGUAGAACGGCGAAAGGCGGUCUCCCAGAAAGAUAGGCAAGCGUGGCUGCUGUGUUCUGAUGACCUCAUGCUCUGAGCACCAUAUCCAGUCACCAGGCCUGAGGGAGGAAUGAGAGAAAAACGGAUAGAUUUAGUCUACCAAAGUACCCGAGCCCAAAGGAGACUCCAGCCACUCUUGCCCCUUCUUGUUUUUCCAUGUUUUAUUAUUUUCAAUGUUAAUAAUAACAAAUAUUAUUGUUGUUGAAGCUCUAGAAUAAGUUUUUUUUCAAAGUUGAUCCUCAAGCCCCACGGGUAUCCAAGGUACUUUUUUUCAGUCAAACAAAUCCUAUUCAGUAAAUUGCACUACAUGCAUAUCCUUUUACACGGUUUGAAUGGUAUUUGUAAUUCUAUUCUUGUUCAAUAUCAAAGUACUAUUAUAGAUUUUUCAACAAAUAAAUGAUUUGGUUGGAAUGAACCUACAUAUCUGUGAGGCCUUGGUGACCACUUCUUGAAACCUUACCCAGUUCCAGACUUCUGAAAACCCAAGUUGGCAAAAGAUUUUGUGUAUGUGCGUACAAACAUACAUUCACACAUACAUGGGCAAAUAUAGAUAUUUAUGGUGUUCAGACAUAAUACCCUUUUCUGGAGGUUUUUUAUAUCAGAUGUAAAUUAGGUUUUGGCAUUUUUUUUUGUUUGAGUGAAGAGUUACUCAUUUAUUUUAAAUACACACCCCAUCCUAAUGAGUUUAAAUCUAGUGCAUUGGUAUGUGUAUAUCAUUAUGAUAUUAACUAAAUAUGUUCCAAAUAUUGGUCUGGCAUGACAAUCAUGCCACAAGAUGCAUAUAAUCAACAUUAAAAUGCUUUCUCGGGCCUGUCAUAACUUGUUUAUUAUGAUCUACAUUAAGAUCCGUCUGAGGCAAAUAUGUUUGAUAGAACAUUUCUGAUUCGUGUGACAUAAAAAAUUGACAAGCUAUCUACUAUUAUUUAUCUAAGGUUUCUGGUGUUUCGAUUCCUUGAACACCCAAGGAAGGACACCAGAGCUAAACCUUUAUUCGUAGUAUUACAAUAAGUUCUGUUCGAUUAAUACAUAUUGACUGUUUAUGUAGCUAACUGCACAACUAAUCGGAAAGAUUUAUAAAUGUCCCCCCCCCCCCCCCCCCCCAAAAUAAAUGGUCCUCAUGCAUUUUAAAAUGAGAUCAACAUUUCAUUGAAUAGCCAAUAGAAAAAUGGUGUCCAGUAUGUCUGGAUGCCUUAAACUGGGCCUUGGGGACGGAAAGAAAGUCCUGCUCAUAUUUAUGUUUGUAUUGUAUGUCCUGAAUGUGUAUAUACAAUGUGUCUGGGAGACACAGUAAAAUGUAGGAUAAAAAAAGUUACACUGCCUUGUAUUUUGGCCGGCCUGGCCAGAGCUGAAGGAAGUGGACUCUGUACAGUGUGAAAGGAAAAUGCGUAAUGUGACGUUGUAUAGCUUCAUUCCUGCUUUGUACACCGUUACUUCUAGAUGAUCCCUUUUCUAUCGAAUUUAAAGUUGCCUUAGACAGUUGCACCCAGUAUUUAAAGAGAUUUCUGUCUAAUUUCCAGGGAAUGGCAUUUGUAGAAUUCCUUUUAUUUUUAUCUAACUUAUGUAACACAAUGCCGAUGUUUAUGUGCACUGACUUGAGCCCAGGUUGAAAAUGUGUGAUUUUUAUUUGAUUUUUAAGUAAUGAUCAGUGGAUGAGUUUUUACCUAAACUGAAAAGGUCCUAAUGUUGGUCUCAGUGAACCAGGUGCUUUUCCCUCUCUAAACUUGAUCUACCACAGUAAUAGAUUCAGAUCCUGUGUGUGUCUGAAAUGGCACCCUAAUCCCUAUAUUGUGCACUACUUUCAACCACAGCUCUAUGGUCUCUGGUCAGAAGUAGUGCACUAUAUAGGAAAUAGGGUGCCAUUUCAGACUUCCGUUGUUUAACAGGAGUCCUCAGAUAUCCAGCUAUUGCCCAUCUUUUAUAACUUGUAUUAAGGCACUUACUACAGGUGCUUGCUCCUUUUUUACAGUCACCCAACCCUCCAAUAAAACAUUCAAACUGUA